AUGCGAAUACGACCGCGAUAUCUUGUUGCCAUCGGGACGUCCAUUGCCGGUAUUUCCGGGUAUCAAUUGUACUGCAAAGACAAUCACGCAUCUCUGAAUCCGGCCACAUUCACACCUUUCUCAAUAGAGUCUCGCGAACGAGUGUCUACAGCUAGCAAAGUCUUUACUAUCGGACAAGAUGCCCUAUCGAACACCAACGUAUUAUCCGAUAUCUGGGGGAGGGCUAUUUGGAGCAUAGAAGUCAAGCAACCCCAGCUUCAGAUCGCUCGGUCUUAUACACCACUACCCCCCUCAGAUGAUGUAUCCAAUCCGGAGAAGCAGAUUCGUCUGCUCAUAAAGCAAGAGAAGGGCGGGGAGAUGUCAACGUACCUACAUAAACUUCCAGAAUGCGCUACAAUUGAGAUACGUGGACCACAUGUCGAAUGUGUGAUACCUGAGAAUACGAAAGAAGUUAUUUUUCUUGCCGGAGGAACUGGCAUUGCUCCUGCACUGCAGGUUGCUCGGGUACUUCGGCAAAGGCCAGGUUCACAUGUCUGCAUUCUGUGGGCAAAUAGAACUAUGGAGGAAUGUGCGGGUGCGUCUAUUGAAGAUGAAUCAAAAUCUUCAAGCUGGACAAACUGGCUAGGCUUGAACUCAACAGUGCGCACAUUUGAGGCAUCAACGCCCAUUACGCGGCAGGGUCCCAUUGUGAAACUGCUGGAAGGUUUUCGUUCAGAAAUGCCUCAGUCGGAGGCGUCUACUUGCACCAUUAAAUAUUACGUUGACGAAAAGCAAAAGUUCAUAAAGCCUGCAGACAUUGUGCAGCAGCUACAAGAUUCACAGUCUAUUGGCGUCAAUACAGGGGCGAAGAUCAUCUUCGUCUCUGGGCCUGAUGGAUUUGUGAACUACUGGGCUGGGAACAAACUAUGGAUUGAUGGGCAAGAAACACAAGGACCACUUGGAGGAGUACUCUCUCGAUUGGAUCUUCAAGGAUGGAGCGUCUGGAAAUUAUGA